AUGACUAGCAAUAGCAAAUACACAAAUUAUUUUAUAUUUGAAAAAACUAAAAUUUCCUGUCGGCAACAAAAUUGUGCUUAUUUUUAUGCACCGAAAAAUGAAACUGGUUUUCCAACGACUGCUUUGCGUAAACAUUUAGAGCGUAGGCAUCCAUCAGUGUUUUCUGAGCUCCUCCAAUUCGAAAAAUCAGAAAAAGAGAUGGAUGAUGGAACAGAAAAACUUAAACAGACAAGUUUAAAAAGAAUAUUUUCCGUUUCUGUCGGUUCGGCUUCAACUUCCCAAGGAAUAACAUCAACAAAACAGCCGAAAAUAGAAGAAUCAUUUAAACAAUGGACAUCUGGCGGUGAAAUGACUGAAAGAGUUGAUAAAGCAGUAAUUUCCUUGAUAUGUACUGCUGGUCUUCCAUUUUCUUUUGUUGAAGAGCCAGGUUUCAAAAAUUUGUUACACAUUAUGCAACCACAAUAUAAAAUCAGGUCAAGAAAUUUUUUUGUAAAUGAAUCAUUGCCAAAUAUGUAUGGAGACAUGGUGGUUGUAGUAAAAAAAGACGUUUUUUCUGCUCCUUUUGUUUCAUUGUGUAUUGACUCGUGGUCCUCAGAAGAAAGCACGCAUUCCUUACUUGGCGUAACUUGCCAUUUUCUUAAAGAAAAUUUUGAACCUACUCAUGUCUUACUUGCUGCAUCGCCUAUUAAAGGAAGUCACACAGGCGAUAAAAUAGCAUCUUUGGUUGCUAAGGUUAUUACUAACUUUGGAAUAGACAAAAAAGUACAUAUGGUUAUACGAGACAACGAAAGCGCAAUGCAGAAGGCAACUAGAAUCGCCGGCCUUGAGUCACAGCAUUGUUCUUCACACAAAAUUCAACUGAACUGUCUAUCCAUCUCUCUUUGCCUUCUACCAAUGUUAGGCGAUUUGAAAAGAUUAAGCUUUGGUCUGAAAGACCACCUGCGCAGAAAGUGCUGGUGAAAACAGAAUUAAAACAACAAGGAAGCGAUUAGGUAAAGAAUUUUCUCCUUUUGCUGUGAGUACGCCUAUAAUUGUUUUGUAUACCAUAAAUGCGGGGUUGAGUUUGAUGAAUAAGAUUAAGCCAACAAUUCCAAUUACAAGCACAAAAAAGAAUAGUAUCAGAGCUUUAGGGUUCAAUAGCAUUCUGUACAGAGCGAAUGGGUCAAAAUUGAAAUCGAGUAGAGAGAAACUGGUAUUUGGAGACUCAAGCUUUUCAGAGCGGCGAUAUUGUGGCCUGCGUCUUUUUUGUGGCACGUAAUAUAGUUCCCCCUCCAAUUCGAACUCCGUUAUGCCUGCCGGACAAUCCACCAAACAUUUUGUUUUAAUUCUCGAUUCUUGAACAUUUAAGAUUUCCCUUUGUUCUGUAGAGUUCAUAUUGCACUUGGCCGUAAAUAUCAAUCCGUCAUCACACUCUAUUUUUGCCAAUGCUUGCCCCCAAUCAGUUUUACAUCGAUACAGCAACUGCGCGCCGGUCAAACAUUUGUAACAUCCGGUAAAAUUGGUGACUUCUAACCAGCAUUUGGAAUCCUUGAGCUGCAAUACCAUUUCCACGUUUUUCAUCUCGACGUUGAGUUGUACUGGACUGUACCCCGUAUCAGCGAAAAUGCGCGUAUUUUCAUUUUUCAAAUGGAAGUGUCCUACAGGUAAAGGCAAUCGUUGUUGUGGAUCUUCGAGGAUUUCUUCUAAGCUUAGAUCCCGACAACUGCAUCCUAUUGUCCCUGUUUCAUGGUCAGGGGAGCAGCUAGUGCACGCGGUACCAGCCAGACUGCAAUUAAAAUCGAGGGCCUGUUGUUCACUUUCACAAUGUAAGUCAUCAUUUAAAUUUCCAACUAAGGCCACAGCUCCAUUGGAAUGGAUGAAAUUCGAGUUCAGAACAGGUGCCGGAGGCACAGCCACCAUUAAAGG